GUAUCUUUCAGUGUGUCGGCAGAGCACAUGCCACCGGUACCUCGAGGAUGUAAGUGUUUCGGCAGUAGAAACGCCACCGGUAUCUUUUGUUAUUAGUGAGUGUUUCGGCGAUAGAAACGCGACGGGUAUCUUUUGGAAUGCACCCUCGAGUAACCAGGCAUUCUCAAAGCCAAACUCAAAAGUGGCUCACAAAAACAGCUCACAAAAACCAAUAGCCAAAGCCAGAAAUACCUCAAGCUAACCUCUUUGCCUGCUCUCAAACCAUCCAACCAAGACAAUGAAGUUCUCCAACACUAUCUUUGCUGCCACCGGCCUUUUCUUGGCCCAACCCUUCUUCUUGUCUGUGGCCCAUGCUCAAGGCACUCCUGAUGACCUCCCCCCUGCCUUGGAGACUUGGUGUGAUCAAUACCAUGGGCGUGACUUUGGUUUGUGCAAUUCCUACUGUGAAGCGCAGGACUGUGAAGCCCCUGAUGCUGACAAGAACAGCUGCGAUGGUUUGCGUGAAAAGUUCCUGGCUAGAACAGGAGAAACGAGGUUCCCCUGUGAACCCUCCCGUUGUCCCUGCUGGGACAGCAUUGAAGCUCUUGUUGGUGAUGAUCUCUUGAUUGGAGAUUCCAAUGUAUUUGAUAACGGCGCCCAGAGCUACAGCCUUGCAUUUGGUGACGAGGGUGUUGCCGUUAGUAGUGUUGCCGUUAGGCGAGGUACCCUUUGCAUUGGCCGCAAUGUUGACGGAACUUUUGUGCUGAGAGAUUUGGAAGAAGAUGAUUAUGAUGGUUGUGUGAACGAUGUUUUGGUCCAUGCCACAGCCAUCAGUGGAGUCGAUGGCAACAUGAAAUCUUCCUGUGCUCCAUACCCAUCUUCCACGGCCACUUGCCCUUGUUGGGAUGGUUCCGAUACCAGUGGUGACUUUCCUGUUUUCCCUGGUAUUUCUGGUUUUACCUUGGAUAGCAGCAUUUUUUCAACAAGCAGGAAUGGUGUCAACUCCUAUGUUACAUUGGAUGAUGGGAAUUAUCCAAUCUACCAUGGCGUUCGUAACAACAUUGGGACAGGCCUUGCUUGUACGGUUAAGACCAACACAAAAGUCCUUUACAAUUCUGCUGAAUAUGAAGCCUGUUAUAAUGACAUUCUGUCAUGGUCUGCCCACUCUGUUGGUGACAAUGAGUGCCAUGCUUUCUUUUAGAGGAGUGAAUGAGCUGGUCACGUUGACGGAAAUGAUUCGAUACUAUUUGGAAAACAAUCCAGAGGUCUAUCGAGCCCUCGCCUUUGGAUUAGUUUCCUCUCUUUCGAAUCUCACAAUUCUAAGAACUAGAUAAUUACGUCUCCUGAGACGACGCUCCUUUUGGUUACCCCCUCAGUGCACUCUGG